GAAUUUGUGUCGCUGGCUCAGCAAGCCUUUCCGAUUUGCCUGGUUUGGGUUGUUUGCGUUUUAUAUCAAGAUGGGAACACAAACAAGUUAUUCCUGCUAACAGUCUGGUAUCUCAUCAAGAGGGGACAGAGUGUGCCAGCUCUCCAGAGAGAAAAGAUGACCCGGAGACACUGGGCAAUGAACCCGAGGCCGCAGCUCACACUGGUCUGAAGCUGUGUGGGAAAGCUGAGAGAGUUCUCGGGAAAGAUGGCCAUGGCCCCAAGCCCUUCCCUGGCUCAGCCGUACACCAGCCCCGUAGCCGUGGCCGUGUGGGAAUGGCAAGACGAGCUGGGCACCUGGCACCCCUACAGCGCUACCGUCUGCAGCUAUAUCGAACAGCAGUUUGUCCAGCAGAAGGGCCAGCGCUUCGGCCUGGGGAGCCUGGCCCACAGCAUUCCCUUAGGCCAAGCUGACCCCUCUCUGGCUCCUUACAUCAUCGAUCUCCCCAGCUGGACCCAGUUCCGCCAGGACACUGGCACCAUGCGGGCUGUUCGCAGACACCUGCUCCCCCAGCAUUCAGCUGUGGGCCGGGGCAUUGUCUGGGAGUGGCUGAGUGACGACGGCUCCUGGACCGCCUAUGAAGCCAGCGUCUGUGACUUUUUGGAGCAGCAGUUGUCCAGGGGCAGCCAGCUUGUGGAUUUGGCUCCCCUGGGCUACAACUACACCAUCAACUAUGCCACCCACACACAGACCAACAAAACUUCCAACUUCUGCCGUAGCGUGCGGCGCCAAGCAGGGCCCCCGUACCCAGUGACCACCGUCAUUGCUCCACUGGGCCACACGGGACUUGCCUGCUCUUGCCACCAGUGCCUUGGUGGCGGUGGGACUGGCCCUGUGUCGGGCCGCUACCGCCACUCCAUGACCAACCUCCCUGCGUAUCCUGUCCCCCAGGCCCCCCACAGGACCACCACUGUCUUCGGGGCCCACCAGACCUUUGCCCCAUACAACAAGCCGUCACUCACUGGGGCGAGGUCUGCGCCCAGACUAAACACUACCAACCCCUGGGGUGGGGCACCUCCCCUGCUGGGGAGCCAGCCUCCCUACCGCUCCAGUCUCUCCCACCUGACUUUGCAGCUCCUUCCGCCAGCGUCCUCCACGUCCUCCACUUCCGCUGGAGCCAGUGCCUCCCUCCCCGGCGGUCCUGUCAUCACCCCUGGGAGUGUGCCCGCCAGCAUGCCUGCCAGUGUGCCCAUGCAGAUGCCAAAGCCCAGCAGGGUCCAGCAGGCCCUUGCAGGCAUGACGAGUGUUCUGAUGUCAGCCAUUGGAUUCCCUGUGUGUCUUAGCCGCGCGCCUCAGCCCGCCAGCCCUCCCGCCUCCUGUCUGGCCUCUAAAAGCCACAGCUCAGUUAAGAGAUUGAGGAAAAUGUCCAUGAAAGGAGGGACUCCAAAGCCAGAGCCAGAGCAGGUGCUAAAACACUUCACCGAAGAGCUGAAGUCACCACCAGAUGAGGACUGCAUCAUCUGCAUGGAGAAGUUGUCACUGGUGUCCGGGUACAGCGAUGUGAUUGACAGCAAGACCGUGGGACCUGUGGCUGUGGGCCGCCUCACCAAGUGUGGCCAUGCCUUCCAUCUGCUCUGCCUGCUGGCCAUGUACUGCAAUGGCAACAAGGAUGGGAGCUUGCAGUGUCCUUCCUGCAAAACCAUCUACGGAGAGAAAACGGGGACUCAGCCCCGGGGGCAGAUGGAGGUGUUCAGGUUCCAGGUGUGUCUCCCCGGGCACGAAGACUGCGGGACGAUACUCAUAGUUUACAACAUUCCUCACGGCAUCCAGGGCCCUGAACAUCCCAACCCUGGAAAACCGUUCACUGCCCGAGGGUUUCCCCGCCAGUGCUACCUUCCAGACAAUGCCCAGGGCCGCAAGGUCCUGGAGCUCUUGAAGGUAGCCUGGAAGCGGCGACUUAUCUUCACAGUGGGGACGUCCAGCACCACUGGCGAGACCGACACCGUGGUGUGGAACGAGAUCCACCACAAGACCGAGAUGGACCGCAAUGUGACAGGCCACGGCUACCCCGACCCCAACUACCUGCAGAACGUGCUGGCCGAGCUGGCUGCCCAGGGCGUGACAGAGGACUGUUUGGGGCAGCAGUGA